AUGUCCAGUAUUGAAGAGAUUGUACACUUGGUUGAGAGUUUAUAUGCUCCACAGCCUUCGCAAGAUGUUAAUCAGAUUCAGCAGUCCUUACAAGUAUUACAGAAAUCUCCACAAGGCUUGGCGUUUGCUAAUGAACUGCUAAAAAACGAUAACUAUUCUCCAAAUGUACAAUAUUUUGGUGCUUUAACUCUCACUGUGCAACUGAAUACAAAUGUAAAUUCAUUUGAAAAGUUGUGGGUGCUAUUUAAAGCUAAUUUAAUACAUUUGACAAAAUAUUCAAAGUCCUAUGCCACGAACCCUCAAAAUAAAUCUAUGCUUUUGACUACAAUAAAGAAACUGAUGUCAAAUUUAUCGUUGAUAUUUACCAAUAUCAAUGAGAAUGAGACUACUACGGCAGAAAGUACCACUAUUACAAGUUGGAAUAAUCCUUUGAAUACUUUGUUGGUUUUAUUGACAAAUUCUAAUAACUCGAAAGUGGAAGACUGGAACCUCGAUGACAAUGUUGUUGAUUCAAUGCUAGUUGCUGCUGUCAAUUCACAGGUGUCAUAUCAAGAAUUAAGUGAAUUUAUUCAAUCAUCAAAUGAAUUGAAUAAUCUUUUAUUGACAUUUACUGAAAUUAUUGUUGAAGAUCUAGUUAAAUAUCAAAGCAGAAAAGCAACGAUGACGAACGUCUACAAAAUUCUUCAUGAUCAUUUAUAUAUCACUACAAUGGCCUUGAUAAACAUUAACUUAAAUAUCCCAAAUAAUUCAAAUGACACAUUAUAUGCGUCUAUUUCAGCAUGGAUCACUUGUGUUUCUAGUUUUAGAAAUUUGUCAACCCAUGGAAACAUGGAUUUAUCAGAAAUGUUCCAAAACCUAAUUACUGUUAUGUGUACAUCUUCAGAACAAACCGAUAAGUAUCACAAGGCAGAACAAAUUCUAGCUAUAUUCGAUAAUUGUUUUAGUAAUGACCCAAACUUAAUGAGCUAUGACUUGAGAUCUCAGGUUGAGGCGAUCUUUUUAGGUGUAUCAAAAGCUGGUAAUGCAGAUACCUCUAAAAAUGCAUGGAUGCUAGAAUACAUGAAUUAUUUAGUUACCAACGAAAUGGUAAGUGAAUUAAAAGAAUUGGCGAUUUGCAUUACAGACUUCUUGCAAAUAAGCACGUUGGAUGUAUGUAAUAAAUUAUUUACUGUAAUCGGGACCAAUUCUGCUAGUCCAGAUAAUCUAAAUCAAUAUAUUAAUGUACUCUUACAAAUGACUAAUUUUCCACUAACACCCAUUCUUCAGGAAGUAUUUUCAGUUAGAAUGAUUGACUUUUGGUUAGAUUUGGCUGAUAGUUUUACAAAUCUAGCUCCAGAAACAUUAUCACCUCAAGCACAAACUUUAGCUGCUGACAUAUUCCAACAAGUUGUCCUUAUUUAUUUACCUAAGGUGAGUCUUAUUAACAAAGAAAAAAUUUUAAAUGAAGAAGGAGAAGAUUCCUCAUUACAUGAGUUUGAAGAUUUCAAAACUGCAACUUCAGAUUUAAUUGAGUCUUUAUGGAAUAUCCUAGGUAAUGAUAAAUUGACCAAUGUUUUAAUCGACAGUAUAUCAAAGACAACUUCUGAUUCAUCUAAGCAACAAAAUGUGGAUUUAUUCCAAACCGAAGUUAUGGCUUUCCUAUUAAACACGUUAUUGAUGGAUAUGAAUUUAGCAGAGAGUCAUUGGAUUUGUGAUAUAAUUGGCUCUAACAAAAAUUUUAUUAAUAAUAUUUUAUUUUUAUUAGAAUCAGGGUUUGAAUUACCAGAUAGUACCUUGAGCUAUAGACAUCUCAAGAUAGAAUUUAUCCGAACCAGCUCGGUAUUAAUAGGUACUUUAUCAGGAUGUUUUCUACAAGAUGCUUCUCAAUUGAACCAAUGUGUACAAACACUAUUUAAAGGGUUGGAAAGUUGCAUUAUUUCAGCUAGCGAACUUAAUACAAAACUGGAAAAUAUCGUAGUAAAAUCAAUUUACACAGUAUUUGAUACAUGUAGAACAGAAUUGAUCCCAGAAUUGAGUAAUUCAUUAACAGUUUUGAAGUCAAUUCUAAGACCUGAUUCAAACAUCUCCAAUUAUUCUAGAGAGAGAUUAAUGCAUACCGUUGGUUUUAUCAUUCAAUGUGUAGUAGCUAAUGGCCCUCAAGAGCAAGCUAAUUAUAUUUGUCAGUUAGUGGAUAUAAUAAGUGAUUUAUAUGAACGUUCUUUAGGCAUAGAUAUGCCAAACAAAAGCGAUUAUGUUCAUUGUUUAUUAUCUUGUAUAUCGGAACUUGGUUCAGCUUUAGUGCAACCUGAUGAAAUGGAGAAUAGUGCUAUCUUACCAAGAUUACAAGAAUUUCAACAAUAUUGGAUGGAAGAUCCAUUGCAUAUCAGAAUAAAAAUUUUAGCAUUACUAAAUAGUGCGUUGUCCAAUCCAGAUUAUGGCAAAGAUUCACAUUUUAUUGAAACAAGUUGCUUGAUUUUAGGUAAAACAUUAACAUUGCCUGACUCUGAACCACAUUUCCUAAGAUACAACAUGUCAGAAAUGAUGGAAUUCAUGAUAAACCAAUUACCAAAAACCAACUAUGUGAAUUCGUUGCCUUUCUUUUCAUAUCUAUUGGAACGAAUGGUAGCUCAUUUUAAGAAUAACAUAGGUCCACAAGAUAUUGAAUUUAUUUUUGAUAGAUUUUUCUUGUCUCAAUACCAACAAUACAUUCAUAAUGAUCCAGAUUUGUUACAAACUUUAAUAAAUUUUGCUAAUUCUAUGCUUGAUUCAAAACCCAGCCAAUUGAUGCUUUGUAGAUACUGGAAUGAUUUCAUAGUACCAGAAUUCCUAAAAUUAUUACCUUCUAGAGAAAAAUUUACUAUUUCUGCUGUCACCAAGUUCUGGACAAAAGUCAUUAACAAUAGGAAAUAUUCACAAGAAGAACUGGAGCUAUCCAGACAAUUAAUAGCCCAUGUUGGUCAAGAAUUAGUUUACCAGACCAUGUUCGGUUUAUUCCACACCCAGCGCUCCGAUUUAAGCAACUACACUGACUUGAUUCGUGCUCUAGUUGCCAAAUACCCACUUCAAACGAAAGAAUGGAUGAUAGAGGCUCUACCUAAAAUAUGUGAAGGUAAGAAUGCCAUCCAUGAGAAGUUUAUUAACAAACUAGCUAUCACUAGAGGCAAUCGUGCUUCUGGGAACGCAAUUCUUGAAUGGUGGUUACAAUGCAAUUCCUUGCCAACUUUAUAG